AUGGAGUUAAUCAGCACGCAACGCAUGAGCUACGAGUCGUGGCUGCACACGUGGAACCUCGAAGACGACGACGACUUUUCGAGCGGCGACGACGACGACGGCGAGUCUCGCGACACCAACACUAAAGAAAGAAGCGCGACGCUGAAGGAUUUGCGAACAGUCCAAAGGCGCGAGUGUUCGCACGAGGAGGAGAUAAACGGACAGUGCUGCGCGAUAUGUUUAUCGAGGUUUACAAAAAAGAGAGAGGAGACGGAGGACGACGAUGGGAACAAACAACGCGCGGGAGUUCAAAGGUGUUUUCGCCUGGCGGAGUUGCCGUGCAAACACGUCUACCACGAAGAGUGCAUCGAGAGUUGGCUCGCUCGAAGCCGACGGUGUCCGACGUGUCGGAAGAGUUUACGAGAGAAGAAGAAGAAAACAGGAACGCAAGCGAAGAAUGGAAGCGAAGAGAGGUUGUUAUCGCGACCAAACGACGACGAGGAGGAGGAGGAGGAGGAGGAGGACGACGACGCGCGCGCUCAUCAGAGUCGACGGGAGUUGGAGCGCGAGUCCGUCCGUCGGCUGCGAGAGAUGGAAACGCGGGCGCGCGAGCGAAGAGCGAGGGAGAUAGAGGAGGAGAGGCGCGCGAGGAGAAGGAAUAGGAUGGAGACGGUUUUAGAACACGAAGGAAUGAACGAGGAGAUCUUUGAGAGCGUCAUGACGCACGCCAUGGGGUUGUUAGAAGCAGCCGCGGUGGCGGGAGAGGAAGACGAGGAAGACGAGGACGUUGAAGAAGAAGAAGAAGAAGAAGAAGAGCAGAGGCUGCCAAGGGCCAGGGUAGCGAAUCAAACAGGCGCUGGGUCGUUACUCGUCGGUACUCGCGGGAACAACUACGGGGCGAACGGUUCGAACACGUCGUAG